UUAGUCUCUGUUUCAUUAACAAUUACAAAUUUCAUUCUGAUUUACAAUCCUCUAGACUAGACUACAUCAGAAAACAAAACCUAAGAGCUUAACCAAAACCAAUGGCGAUUAUCUCUGAGAUGCAAGAGGAGAAGAGACCCUCGGUGCCGUUCGAAGCAAGUCUUGAUCCUUCAAACCCUCUAGGGUUUUUGGAGAAAGCUUUUGACUUUAUCGGGAAAGAGAGCGACUUUUUGUUGAAAGAGUCGGCAGAAAAGGAUAUCGCCACCGCUGUGACGGCCGCCAAGAAGAGGUUGAGUGAAGCAGAGAAGAAGAAGGCGGAGAAGGAGACCGUGAAGCCCAUUGAGAAGAAGUCGACGAAGGAGAGCUUGCCUCCGAUGGAUCCCAUGGAGGUGGAGAAGCCAAAGAAGGAAAGCUUGAAGCCCACGGAACCUAAGGAGGAAGCGAAACCGAAACCCAUUGUUCCUAACAAAGGCAACGGUCUUGAUUUUGAGAAGUACUCAUGGACACAGAAUCUCCAGGAGGUCACAGUCACCAUUCCAAUCCCCAGCGGCACCAAGUCACGCUCCGUCACCUGUGAGAUCAAGAAGAACCGUCUGAAAGUUGGUCUCAAAGGACAAGAUCCCAUCGUCGAUGGAGAGUUCUUCAAUGCUGUCAAGCCAGACGACUGCUUCUGGAACAUCGAGGAUCAAAAGGUCGUAUCGGUGCUCUUGACAAAGCAGGACCAGAUGCAGUGGUGGAAGUACUGUGUGAAAGGUGAACCCGAGAUUGACACUCAGAAGGUUGAGCCAGAGAGCAGCAAACUGUCUGAUUUGGACCCGGAAACUCGGAGCAGCGUGGAGAAGAUGAUGUUUGAUCAGAGGCAGAAGCAGAUGGGACUCCCGACGAGUGAUGAGAUAGAGAAGCAGGAUAUGAUGAAGAAGUUUAUGUCUCAGCAUCCCGAGAUGAACUUCUCUAAUGCAAAGUUUAACUGAUCUUAAUUCCUUGUUCUCUCUUUUUAAUUUUUUUUAUUUGAACUAUCAUCUUGUUAUGGCUUUAAGAUUUAAUCUAGCCUUUUGGUUUUGUUGAAGACAGUUGUGAUUCGGUUAAUAAACCAUUCUGGAAAACUUUUAUUUGGUUAUUGCUUAAUUAUGUGUUCAAAAUUGGUUUGCUUAAAAAGUCUUCUAGGCCAAGUAAAGAGUCUGGUACUGUUAACAAGUACUGAGACAAGAAAGCUCACACCUCGCAUAUUGGUGGUUCUAUAUCUACCAUGAUCAGUUGUCAAUCAAUGCCUAUAAAAUAGAAAUAAAAUGAAUUACACAAAGGAUAUAACGUGCACGGAGACUGCUGCAUUCAACACUGAUGUUGUAGACAAUGGCCAUAUCACUAAGCGAAAAAACUUCAUGUGACAAAUGUUGAAUGUUGCAUGUCUAUUCUAGUGUCUACUACAACCACCUACUCCUACUCCAACUACUACUACUACUUAAUCUACAAAAGUAGUAAUCAUCUUGAUUAUUGUCUACUUAAUCUGAACAUUAAUGUGUAUUCUCUUUUUUUUUAACACUAAUGUUUAUUCUUUACACACAAAAAAAAACAAAUGACGCUCGGCCUGUCUACAUUACAAAGGCAAUAAGGGGAGCCAAAGGUACAGAACUUUUUCAUAAGGUAUGCUCCAAAAUUCACAUUUGGCCUCUACUUUUCAUCUGUACACUCUCUCUGCUCAAUUUCUACUUGCAGGAAAAAAACCUCAAUCAAAAAAUGAAUGCAGAAACUGGGCUAGAGUUUCGGUUCAUGCAAGAUUGUUCCUACAAGCUCUCUGAUGAAACGGUUUGUCUCUGUUUCUGGCUUCUCAAAAUUGAGUCUUUCUAGGCAGAUGAAAAGGUUGAGUCUUGUUCUGCUGAUGCUUGUUAGCAAAAAAAGAAAAAGAAAAAACUAAACUUUAUACUCAGAGAGUAUAACUUGAAGGAAACAAAGUUUGGAGUUGUGAUCUUUGUACUCUUUUGGUCUGUUUUAGCUCAUGUUGUGUUGAUCUUUCUUUCUUAUGAUUUUGGAGAAGAGAGUGACCUUUUCAAAGCCCCUGAGCUGACUGUUGAAGAGCCAAUGCUAGCCGUUGAUCCUCUCUCUCUAGAAAUAGUUGAACUCAUUCAGCGAUCUCGGUUCGUUGCAACCAUAUGUAUCCCAGUGUACCGUUUUGUUGGAAACUGAUUUAUAGGUUUUUUUUGGUGUAUGGUUGCAGUAUGCUUUUGCAGGAAGGCUCUUGCAGACAAUCAACCAAGGAUCACAGGAAGGUUUACAAAAAACAGAGGUCAGAAAUGAGGACUAUUAGUUUAGAUCCUAAAGAUGAGCAAGAAGAAUAGUUUGGUAAUGCAAUGUCUUCA